AUGGGCAACGUAACAGCCUCGACGGUGCCACCUUCGCCACCACUGAGCCCCCAACCGUCACUAGCCCCGCCAAGCCUCGAUAAAGAAAACUCUAUUAGUAGCCACAAUGAGAGCAGUAGGCUGGAGAGUCCUGGCACUAUGGAGGAGCUACAUAAGAAAUGCAAAGACAUUUUUCCAAUGAACUUUGAAGGAGGUAAAUUAAUGUUAAACAAAGGUCUUAGUAGUCAUUUUCAAAUCUCCCACACCAUUGUUAUGAGUUCUAUGAUGCCAUCUGGUUACAGGUUUGGGGCAACUUAUGUAGGAACAAAACAAAUAUCACCAUCAGAAACAUUUCCAGUUCUUCUAGGAGAUGUCGAUCCAAGUGGAAAUCUCAAUGCAAACAUUAUUCAUCAGUUCACAGACAGAAUUCGAGGAAAAGUAGCUGCACAAUUUCAAAAAAACAAAUUAGCAGCCCUUCAGAUGACAACAGAUUAUCGUGGAGAUACUUACUCUUUCUCUGCAACUUCAGCAAAUCUAGAUAUCCUCAAUAAUUCUGGUUUAUUAGUAUUACAUUAUCUCAAAAGUGUAACAUCUAACUUAGCUUUGGGUGGAGAAUUAGCUUAUCAAAAAGGACCGACAGUUCCUGGAGGAUACAUUACAAUCUUGUCAGCUGCCGGUCGUUACUCAAAUGGAGACAGCACUAUUAGUGGAAACAUAGGUUUUGCUGGUGCUCACCUUUGUUUUUAUCAAAGGGCUAGUCAACAAUUGCAAUUCGGAGUAGAAUUCGAACUUAUACAUAGGAUGCAAGAGUGCAAAUCUACUGUUGCAUAUCAAGUUGAUCUACCUAAAGCAGAUUUGACUUUCAAAGGGAGCAUUGACACAAACUGGUUGGUUGGCGCUACAUUGGAAAAGAGAUUACAGCCACUACCAUUUACAUUUGUACUGAGUGGAAUGAUAAACCAUUGUAAAAAUCAAUUCAGAUUAGGAUGUGGCUUAAUUAUUGGUUAAAUGGUUAUCCCAUUUAAUAAGAAACAAUUGAGUUAUAGCAGCCAAGAAAACACCACGGCAAAUUAUAUGUUAACAAUAGUAGUCAGAGCUCAAAUUUUAUAUUUGUAAUCAUGAAAAUCUAAAAAGUAUUGCUUAUUCCCCUUCAUUUUUUAAUUAACUGUUUACCACAAAAAUAACACAUUUUAAUGAAUUUCUAAAAAUCUUGUAAAUUAUUUAUACCUAUGACGAGUGACUUAAUAGUGAUUAAAUCUUAGGGUUAUCAUGUAGUGUAAAUAUCAUAUUGUAUA